AUGCGUGGUUGGGGACUCUUCUUCUUCCUACUUUUCCUCCUGCUCAUUUUUGCUGUCGGCGGAUGGGUAGGCUACACCCAGUGGGCAGCGCGCAAACAAGGCCUGCCUGCGCCGUCUCUAAAAUCAUGGAAGACAUAUGUUCCCUUUAUGAAGACGCAAGGCUCAUCGAAUUACCCUGCACCGCGUCAUGCCGGACCCCUCGAAUGGAUUCGAGACCAGUUUGCAAAGCUAGGCAACCGUCGCACUGCGCGCGGAGCGUACGAGGAAGCUGGCGACGGAGAGACCGGAUACGCCGGUGCGAGACGAGGUCGGGGCGUCGAGGAUGAUGCUUGGGACACGCGUGUUGGCAACGAUGAUCCUUACGCUCCGGGCCCUGGAUACGGUGGCUACGAGGAACAAGAACUUGGACUAGCGGCAACUCCGGGCCUGCAGAGCGAGCCGUACGCGUCGGAUCAUGCGGAUGGAAUGGACAGAGGCCGGCGAAGUUCGCGAACCGGUGGUCUCGACCCAUUCGGUGAUCAGAACGAGGCGCCCAGUUUGAGGAGUGUGAGCCCCAGACCAGAGGGAGACAGUCAGGGACACACCAAAGGCAACCCAAGUCUGGACACUCAGGGCAGUGGAGAUGGGAGUAGUAGUCCGAUCAGUACGAGAAAGAGCGUUUUCCGAGAGAACAUGUCAUGA